AUGAUAGGUCUAAACAAAUUCGGCACCACAAUCACAAUCCUCACCGCCGUUACUCUAACAGCCCUCGCCGUCGAAAUCCUCUACGUUCUAUUCAAACGCCGUAAACGCCUCCGUCCACGUGUUCAAGCAGAACCUUCUCUUCCACGUUCGUCUUCGACGAACGAUGAGCUAGAAGAUGAGCUUGAACAGCACAUGGCGAAGUAUCAUUGUCUCUACGGUCCUUCGAGAGUUUUGUUUACUAUCAAGGAGGAGGAAAGAGAAGGUGUUGAGAGUGAGAAUGGUUCUUCUACGACGGAGUGUAGCAGUGUUGUGACGGUGAUGAAAGGUAGGGCGGUGAGGAGCAUGCGUUUGAGUGAGAAUGUGGUGGUUGGUGGUGGUGAUGAAGUUGUUGUGGCGGUUGAAGAGUGGUUGGAUGAAUCGACGCCGUAUUCGACGCCGUGUGCGACGAGUCCUUAUUAUACACCACAGUCUUCACCUACGCGUGGAAAUGGUUGA